GAGUUCAGGAUAAGAGAGAGGAGAGGCAGGGACAGACAGAGAGAUGGCCGUCCAACUCCAACCGAGCUUUUUAUCCAUAUUCAAUUCGUUGAAGCACGAGAAUAAACCUAAGCCGCCCUUUCCCACAACCCAAAGAAGACCGACACUUGGAGUCAAAGCAGCGUCCAGCAGCAAUGCCCGGCAGCUCAUACAGUCUGGGGCCAUCAAGGCCAUACAGCCAAAGGACGCCGCGGCAGCCAUGGAUACCGAAGGCUUCCAACUCCUGGACAUCAGGCCCGUGUGGGAGAGACAGAAAGCACAUGUGGAGGGUUCGCUCCACGUUCCAUUGUUUAUCGAGGACAAGGACAACGGUCCCAUUACUCUUCUCAAGAAGUGGGUGCAUUUUGGCUACAUUGGGCUAUGGACUGGCCAGUAUUUCACCACCAUGAAUCCUGAUUUUCUACUGCAAGUUGAGAAGGCUGCUCCUGAAAAGGACUCUAAACUCCUUGUAGCAUGCGGUGAAGGUCUGAGGUCCAUUAUGGCAGCUACAAAGUUAUAUGAAGGAGGAUACAAGAACUUGGGGUGGUUGGCUGGGGGGUUCAAUCGUGCGGGAGAAGAUGAUUUCACAGCCGUACAAGGGACUGAGAAGUUGCAGUAUGCAACAAUAGGGGGUGUGUCGUACUAUUUUCUUCAAUUGCUCAUUUUCAUAGAAACUGUGGGAAAGAGUAAAUAAAGCUUUUGGUGAUGCUGUGUUCGAGUUUUUGUUAUAUCGAGGGAGCUGCAGGCAUUUUGGCCUCUAAGCCAGUAGACUA